AAUAAGUAUGAUACUCUGGCCAUUAAAAAUGUUGUUUGGCAAGAAAAAACGCAAAAAGGUGCGAUCCCAAAAGCCGACGAUUAAGGGUGUUUUGACAGCGUUUUUUGCCACCACAGCCGCAGUAUUCCUCUUGUUGCUGGCCGGUCUAUCCCUAGUUGGCACAGCCGUUGCAUUAGCAGCCUCCAUGCCGCUAUUCCUUGUAUUCAGCCCGGUUCUCGUGCCAGCGGGUAUCAGCGCCGCUGUUCUUGCUUCAGGUUUAAUGGCUGGAGGCACCUCAGGUGUGACAGUUCUCACCAUCUUAAUUUGGCUCUACAAGAAAAUUACUGGGAAGGACCCGCCAAAAAUUCCAGGAUUGAUACCGAGUGGAGAUGCACCGACUGGAGCUACACCAAGUGGAGAUGUACCGGGUGGUGCUGCACCGGGCGGAGCAACACCGGAUGUAACUACACCGGGUGGAGCUACACCCGAUGGAACUUUAUCGGGAGGAGAUGCAUCAGGUGGAACUGCAUCGAUUGGAGCUGAUCCAGCUGGAGAUACAUCAUCUGGAGCCCCACUGACUGGGGAUGCAUCGGGUGGAGCCACAUUGACCGGUGAUGCCUCGGGUGGAGCCACACCGGCUGGGGAUGCAUCGGUUGGAGCCGCACCGGUUGGAGAUGCAUCGGGUGGAGCCGCACCGGUUGGAGAUGCAUCAUUAGGAGCUGCACCUGUUGGAGCUGCAUCAGGGGGAGCUGCACCGACUGGUGGUGCUUUACCAGCGCCAUAUACAGCUAAACCGAUAAGUAUACCAUCAUUUAAACCGACAUCUAAACCUACAAUUGAACCGACAACUAAGCCGAAAACUAAACCGGCGAAAGAAUCGACAUCAAAACCGAAAGCUAAGUCAUCAGCUAAAGCGACGCCUAAACCAACUUCUAAACCGGCGAAAGAAUCGACAUCAAAACCGAAAGCUAAGCCAUCAGCUAAGUCACCAACGAAAUCGACAGCAAAACCAGCAACUAAACCAUCAACUAAACCGGCAGCUAAACCAUCAAUUAAACCAUCAGUCAAACCUGCAGCAAAACCAGCAGCAAAACCGACAACAAAAGUGGCAUCUAAAUCGGCAGCUAAACCGACAGCUAAACCCGCAUCUAAAGCUAAACCGAAAAAAUGAAAAGAAAAAAAAAACAUAUGUAAGGGAUAAUAUGGAAAAGUUAAAUAUAUAAU